AUGAAAGACGAUCUGUUCUUCAAUCUUGAUCAUGGCUAUGCCGAAGGAUUAUGCCGUGGUUUUAAAAGUGGUAUUUUAAAACCAGCAGACUAUCACAAUCUUGUCCAAUGCGAAACGCUCGAAGAUUUACGACUCCAUCUUCAAUCGACAGAUUAUGGUAAUUUCCUGGCUAAUGAUGCAAGUCCAUUAACAGUCAAUGUUAUUGAUGAUCGUCUACGUGAAAAACUCGUUCAAGAAUUCCAACAUCUACGUAACAUUUCCUAUGAGCCACUAUCAACUUUUCUCGAUUAUAUAACAUAUGCCUAUAUGAUCGAUAACAUCGUUUUAUUAAUAACGGGUACACUACAUCAACGUGCUGUUGGAGAUCUUUUACCACGCUGUCAUCCAUUGGGCAGUUUUGAACAACUUGGCGCUAUUACAAUUGCUGAUACACCUGCGCAGCUUUACAAUGCUGUACUUGUUGACACACCAUUGGCACCAUAUUUCAUUGAUUGCAUUUCCGAACAUGAUCUUGAUGAAUUAAAUGUCGAGAUCAUUCGUAGUACACUUCACAAGGCCUAUUUGGAAGAUUUCUAUAAGUUUUGUAAACAACUCGGUGGUGUCACAGCUGAAGUGAUGUGUGAAAUCCUCGCUUUCGAAGCUGAUCGCCGUGCAUUUAUGAUUACUAUCAAUUCAUUUGAUACAGGCCUAACACAGGACGAACGAUUUAAACUUUAUCCACGAUGUGGUAGUUUAAAUCCUGAUGGCUUACAAGAAUUGCGACGUACAGACAGUUAUGAAGCUGUAAAAGACGUUGCUGCUCGUUAUCCGCUAUAUCGAGCUUUGUUUGAAGGAGCCGGAACAAGUACAGGCGAGAAAACGAUCGAAGACAAAUUCUUCGAACGUGAAGUCGAACUUAAUCGCAAUGCUUUUCUUCGUCAAUUUCAUUUCGGUAUUUUCUAUGCUUAUUUAAAACUGAAAGAACAAGAAAGUCGAAACAUUAUUUGGAUCGCUGAAUGUAUCGCACAAAAGCAUCGAGCACGAAUUGAUAAUUACAUUCCAAUCCUUCCUUAA